ACCUUACUUGCACGGUUUGCAUGUCUGCCAUGUGAAAAUUGCAUGAAGGGGCAGCGAUUGCCAAUUUGCCAUCCAUCUAUUUAUUGCUCGUUCCACAUCCAGUGGUGAGGAGGGGCGCUGAUCAUCCCUUUGUGUUUUUUUUCAUCCUGGCUUUCAUGACCAUGAGUGCAAUGAGUAGUGAAUCGGACCGGCCGAGUCGGUCCUCGCCGUUAUCGGCUCAUUACCAAUCCGAGGAUUUAGGCUCGUCGUCCCAGUUUGGAAAUCCGACCCAUCUGGAGGUUCAAAAGACCCUGUCCUACGCAUGGAUGUUGAGGAAAUGCGACUGUUAUAACGAAGAAUAUAAGUCUUGCUCCAAGUUACGAUCCCGCUUCCAACAAUAUUACAUCCAUGGCGAAAUUCAAUCCUGUCAGAAUUGGAAAGAGAACUAUAAUGAUUGUUUAUCCUGGACUCGGACGGGAGACAAGAAAUUUGCGAAGCAAAUCAUCGAACGCGAGAAAGCCCGGAUUGGCCAACGACUUAGAGAUCACCUAAGUAAUGAUGUGUGGGAAUUGCGCGACGAACCGCCUGCGGAUUUUAAUGCCCCUCUCCCUCCUCAUUUGGCGGAUGCCGGCGAAGAGUCCAUCUUCAAAGCCUAUGACAAAGGUGAAUCUCGAGAAGAUUACAGCAAAAUUGUGAACAAUCCCAUUAAUCGGAUGACCACGAACUUGGCUUGUAGCAUCAUGUGAGCCUGAACUAGUUCCACUGAGUCCAUAUUCCUACAGAUGUUUUGUAUUUGUAAUUAAUGUAAACAGUUUCAAGUCUGA